CAUUGUCCUCGUCCGUGCACCGAGACCACACACUCAUUACAAGGAAAGCAUCAGCUUGGCACGAGUAUCUAGCUCAUUAAGGACAUCUCAUAGCUGCGGCCGAAUGCAGCUCUAUGUCUAUAGAGUCAUCCUUGCUCCCAGCUCUCGAUUUGCUCGUAUUCCCACGUCUUGCUGAUGCCAAACAAGGUCUCGAUGCCAUAGAACGGCUGUUUGCUCUGGUGACGCUCAGGGCGGGUGUCCCGCAUACCUUUCCAGGUCCUAUAGAUGAAGCUUAUUGCUCAUUUACUGCAGUACAAGAUGGCUUCCAGGGCAAUGUCGCUGGGCAUCUAUGUCAUUUACUCAGACGACUCUUGCAGGAAGAGCCGGCAUCUCGUGAGAAUGCGACCCUGAUUGAUGAUAUGACGCGGCAGGUGCUCAUCCUACUACAAGGCAGCGUUUUGCUCCAUCCACCGAGCCAGGCCCUCUUUGCUCGGCCUGCGAACCUGCAUCUCUUGCUGAAUCUGGUAACACUUGAGUCUACUUCGGUAGAGACGACUAUUGCAGCAUUAACAACACUUGUCUGCUGUCUUGUGGAUCGGCCAGCAUCUCUGCGUGUCUUUGAGGGAUGCGGUGGGCUGGCAAGUCUCUGUGAUGCCUUUAAAGCAGAAAAGACACCGCACAAGGUCAAGAUCAAGAUGCUUGAAUUUUUCUACUUCUAUCUGAUUCGGGAGCAGCAAGAGGACGACGGCGAGAUCAAGACGGUCAAGAUGAAUGAGCAGAAGCAGAAGGAAUCGAUGGGGCACUGGCCGAUCCCGAGGGAUUUGGUGGGUGUUACGAUUGAUGAUGAAGAAGGCACAGUGAGGCCCGGAAAACCUGCUCAGCGGCAGCAGCAGCAGCAGCCUGACACGCAGCUACGGACACGCCUCGAGAAGAAGCGGCUGCUGGGCGAGCACCUGCAGAACAUUGAUGCGCUGGUUGCUUCCUUCGACGAACUUGCUCCAUUCUGAAAUUUGAAAAACGUAAUCAACCAGACCACUUAGACCAACUCCAUAUAUACAGCAUGGCCCGUGUCCUCGACGGCCUCUCGCGCCUCGCCAUUCCUCUUGCGAUCGGCGCAGGACUCCUUCAGUCCUCGCUCUACGAUGUCAAGGGUGGAAACCGCGCCGUCAUUUUUGAUCGCCUCCAGGGAGUCCUCCCCGAUACCCGCGAAGAAGGCACACAUUUCCUCGUUCCAUGGCUUCAACGCGCCAUCAUCUACGAUGUCCGUACAAAGCCCCGCAACAUCUCAACUACGACGGGCUCCAAAGAUUUGCAAAUGGUCUCGUUGACGCUGCGUGUCCUUCACCGCCCCGAUGUCAAGAAUCUGCCGAAAAUCUAUCAG